CGACGCCUGGUGCAGAUCAUCAACAGCAAGAUAUUCGCGGGCCUUGCCCAGGAAUUCGCGCGCUUGCUGGCGGUAGUCUUCCACUGCGAGCGGGUCAUAUUCUUCGGAAAGAUUGAUCUGCGUCAUGGGUAAUUGGUCCUCGGGUCACUAGCCUUCCAUUUCCAUACCCGAUUCUAGCCCAAUUGUCGGACGGUUCGCCAACCUUAUGCUCUGCGAGGUUCAGAUGCCUCGGGACAGACGCUCCAUUUCGAGGGCGAACCAGAGGGCCAUGCCCCGCUGCGGAUGUGGGAUUUGGUUUAUUACGUUCGAGAAAUUGCGGACGUCUGCUGCACCCCUGUGCUGGCGCAGGCGUCAACCACGUUGCCCACGUCGUCGAUGCGUUCCGAGACUCCCUGCCAGGCAAGGUCUAGAGUGGUUC